GCACUUGGAUUGACCUCCAGAUUUUAUCGGACAAUCCACGUUUCAUUUCUCCCUCUUCCCCAAAACUAAAAAACGUGCCUAUCUUUCAUCGCCAAACAGAAAAAUUAGUGCGUUUGAAACUGGAAAUUCUGAUCUCACGUAAUAAUUAGUUUUAGUUUCUCCAAUCAAACAAACCUCUUUAAUUUUUGAUUCUUAAUUUCUAAUUCAAGUAACCUUUGAUCUUGGGGCCAUAGGUGGUUCAUCUCUCCUAUGGCCUCCGAUUCUGACUCCGCCUACGAUUCCGCCGCUGAUCAAAACCCUAAUUCUCUUCCCGACACUCCGAUCAACCACCAAUUCAACUCCGCCAUUGAUGAUCACUUAAGCUCACUCACAUUGACUCCCCUCAACGACGCCGUGUCCGACCUUGCACCAUCGCAAUCCUCGAACAACGUCUUAGAUGCGAAUUCAUUAGCCGAUCAAAUUGAAGCGAUUGAUCGGAACUCAUCGCCGGAAUUCGAGGUCUCAACGGUAGAGACGACGCUGGAGGUUGCUGUUAGUAGUGAAGUCGUGGUGGUGGUGGAGGAGAGAGAAAAUAAUUUGGAGAGAGAAAGUAAUUUGGAGAGUGAUGGAGGUGUGGUGGUGUGGAGGGAGGUGGAAGGGGAUGCGGUUGCAAGCCCUAGUAGCAGUGGUUAUGCAGGGGAGAGAGGUAGUAGUAGUGCUAGCAGUGCAUCUGGUAUUGAGGAGAUUGAAGAGCAUCAAGUGAGAGUUAGAGAUCGGAGUUUGGUCAAUGGUAUAGCUGACUCUCAACCGGCAUGGAUUCCGGGCAAGCGACACGAAAAUGAGGAUGAUGCCUCUAUUUCGUGGAGGAAAAGGAAAAAGCAUUUCUUUAUUCUAAGUCACUCUGGGAAGCCUAUAUAUUCCAGGUAUGGCGACGAACACAAGCUUGCUGGAUUUUCAGCAACAUUGCAAGCUAUAAUUUCUUUUGUUGAGAAUGGGGGUGAUCGCGUUAAGUUGGUUCGAGCAGGAAAGCAUCAGGUGGUCUUUCUUGUGAAAGGACCUAUAUAUUUGGUCUGUAUAAGCUGUACAGAGGAGCCUUAUGAGUCUCUAAGGGGACAGCUGGAGCUUCUCUAUGGUCAGAUGAUCCUUAUUUUGACGAAGUCUGUGAAUAGAUGUUUUGAGAAGAACUCGAAGUUUGAUAUGACACCAUUGCUUGGGGGAACAGAUGCUGUUUUCUCAUCUCUCAUCCAUUCGUUCAGUUGGAACCCAGCUACUUUUCUUCAUGCCUAUACGUGCCUACCUCUUGCUUAUCCAACAAGGCAAGCUGCAGGUGCCAUAUUGCAAGAUGUUGCUGAUUCAGGGGUCUUAUUUGCGAUAUUGAUGUGUAAACACAAGGUUGUUAGCCUUGUUGGAGCACACAAGACUUCUCUUCAUCCAAAUGAUAUGCUGCUAUUGUCAAAUUUUGUUAUGUCAUCAGAGUCAUUUAGGACGUCUGAAUCUUUCUCUCCAAUUUGUUUGCCCAAGUAUAAUCCUAUGGCAUUUCUAUAUGCAUAUGUCCAAUAUCUGGAUGUUAAUACGUACUUGGUGCUGCUCACUACUAACUCAGAUGCCUUCUAUCAUCUCAAAGAAUGCAGGAUUCAUAUUGAGGCUGUAUUAUUGAAAGCAAAUUUGCUCACUGAGGUCCAAAGAUCUAUGUUAGAUGGUGGGAUGCAUGUUGAAGAUUUACCUGCGGAUCCGUCUUCUCGAACUGGUUCUGCAUCUUCUCAUUUAGGCCAACAUUCUCCAGACAGAUUUAGGGAUACACGCACUGGUGUUGGUGGUCCCUGUGGACUCUGGCAUUUUAUAUAUCGCAGUAUUUAUCUGGAUCAGUAUGUAUCUUCAGAGUUUUCGUCCCCAAUUAAUACACCACAACAGCAGAAAAGAUUGUAUAGAGCGUACCAGAAGAUAUAUGCCUCAAUGCAUGAUAAAGGAUUCGGUCCCCACAAGACUCAGUUUCGACGAGAUGAAAAUUAUGUCCUACUCUGCUGGGUAACACAAGAUUUUGAGCUUUAUGCUGCAUUUGACCCCCUUGCAGACAAGGCUUUGGCAAUCAAGACCUGCAACCGUGUUUGUCAGUGGGUAAAAGACGUGGAGAACGAGAUAUUCUUGCUGGGAGCAAGCCCUUUCUCUUGGUGAUUUUUUAUUCCUUCACCAAGCUCUCUCACCCUAAGUGAUAUUCACUCUACCAGUUGAUUCCCACAUUCUGCUCCGACAGAAGUGCCGAAACUGUCCUCGCACAAUGAGUUCGGAAAUCAGUUUUGGAAGUGUGAAUUUUCCCUUCUUUUUGGGUAAUAUACCCCCCCCCCCCCCAACAUCCCCGCUUUUUUCUUAUCCCACUUUUUGCUCAUCUUUUGUGGUAAUUUUAUUAAUAAAAUCCCAUAGGUUUUUGUUUCUUUGUUGUAUCUAUUAGAUGUGGUUUUCUUUUGAGUACAUAGUGCGAAGCUAGCAACCUUAGAAGCAAGGGAUGGAUACUUGUAAUUUCAAUCUAUAGUUGUCUAGAUAUGAGAUCAAUAAUGUUAUGAAGUAGCUCAUCAUACGUGAUGGUACAGUUUUUGUUCUGUAAAAUUAAUUGAGCUGCCUAAUGCACAACAUUUUCAGGCAGCUGCAGGCCGCAGCCGAUUUACAUCUCAAUUCUAAAGCUGAAACCGAAUUUUCA